AUGGUCAAUUCACAUGGACAAGCGAACCAUUUCCGUCUCUUCGCCAAUACGGGCUGUGAUUACGCUAUUCAGCGGUAUAUCAAUGAGACGAGGCGUCUCUACUCGGUUCUCGAGUCGCGGCUGAAGGAAAGUCCUUGCCUGACGGGUGAGAAGUAUACAAUUGCCGAUAUUGCGAGUUUCUCUUGGGCUCGUGGUGCUCUUGUUUCCUUGGAGAUCUACCUGUCUGAGUUCCUCGCUUUGAAGAAGUGGGUCGAGGAGAUUGAUAUGCGUGCUGCUGUUCAAAAGGGGGUAGAUGUUCCCCAUUCCAAUAGGACUUCUGAGCAGAAGGCUGAAAUCUUCCGGAAUUUGCGGGUCAAGAUUGAUGCCAUGACAACUUCUGACCAGCAUUGA